UCUCUUCUCUUCCUUUGUCCCCUUCUUCUUCUCUCUUCACCUUAAAGAAGAAAAAAAAUAAAAAAACAAAAUUCAUACACAGAAAAUAGAAGAAGAAGAAGAAGAAGAAGAAGAAUCUAUUGAGGACUAGUUCUUUUAGAUUACUUAUUGUUGUUGUGAAGAAUUGGGAGUUACUGAGUGAGUAAAGAAAACCCUAGAUUGGGAUAUACAAGAUCUAAGGAGUAAAGGGGGGGUUUGGAAAGGGAAUACCUUUAUUUAUUUUUUUUGGGGGUUUCAGUUAUGUUUCAUUGAAAUCUACUUUGGAGAAAUGAAUUUGAGCUUUUGAGAAGGCUGUGGUGGGUCUAAGAUUGGACUGCAAUUGUUUGAUUGGAUGGUGUAUGAAUUCUGCCAAGGUGUUUGCGUCUUUGCAAGAAUUUGGAUAUGAGAAUACACCUUCUGGGUUGAUUGGUAUGGUUGGGUCAGUGAGAAGUGCUGCGUGCCCGUUGUAUGUGUUAGUUUUCGUCAUUUAAGAUUAUUUGUAGAUCUUCGUACUUCGAAUAAAAAAUGAUGCCGUCGGGGCCUCCAACUCCUGUUGUUGGUGGAGGAUCCCAGUCGGUUUCAUCUUCGCUUCUGAGGUCAUCCUCAAGCAUUUUAGGAGGGGCUCAAGGGAACCAAAUGGCUUCACAGUCUGCAUUUCCUUCUCUUGUUUCACCGCGUGCUCAAUCAAAUAAUAAUAACAUGAACUUUCUUGGUAACAUGUCAAAUGUUUCCUCGCUUCUCAAUCAAUCCUUUGGGAAUGGAAUGUCAAGUUCUGGACUUUCUGGUUCAGUGAGUUUCCAACAUGGUGGAGGCCUUGAUACGGGAGCGGAGUCUGAUCCACUAUCUAGUGUAGGCAAUGUCAUGGGUUAUACUGCUUCUCCUUCACCGUUCACACAGUCAAAUGGAAUGAACUCGAAUUCUUCAAGUCAAGGUAAUGGGCUGCAGUUUCCUGGUCGUCCUAUCAACCAGCUAGUGCAAGAUCAAAAUCAGUCUCAACAGCUCGAAGCUCAGAGAUUCCAGCAUGGUCAGCAAUCACUUCAGAAAGGCUCUAUUCUUAAUGGUCGGAAACAGCAACCUUAUCUAUCAAAUCAAAGUGGGAUAGGAAAUCUGAGCGCUGUGAAGAUAGAGCCGCAGAUGAGCAGUGACCGGAAUGGGUUACAACAGCACCAGUUACAGUCCAUGCGCAACCUAGGUCAGGUGAAACUGGAGCAACAACAGAUUCAAACCAUGAGAGGCUUGAAUCCUGUCAAAAUGGAAUCUCAACAUACAGAUCAGUCAUUGUUUCUGCAACAGCAACAACAGCAGCAGCAACAACAUCAGCAGCAGCAGCAACAUCAGCAACAGCAACAACAGCAGCAGCAGCAGCAACAGCAACAUCAGCAGCAGCAGCAGCAACAGCAACAACAACAGCAGCAACAACAACAGCAACAACGACAACAACAACAACUACUCCAAAUUUCGAGGCAGUCUUCUCAGGCUGCUGCUGCUGCCCAGAUGAAUAUCUUACAACAACAGCAUAUCUUGCAAAUACAAAAACAACAGCAGCAGCAGCAGCAGCAACAACAACAACAGCAACUCCCUAAAGCCCUUCCACUACAACGUACACAGUUACAGCAGCAACAGUUUCAACAGCAAAAUUUGCCUAUGAGAACUGCUGCAAAGCCAGCAUACGAACCUGGGUUGUGUGCUCGUCGUUUGACACACUACAUGUAUGACCAACAACGCAGGCCGACUGAUAACAACAUUGAAUUCUGGAGGAAAUUUGUGGCCGAGUACUUCGCUCCUCAUGCUAAGAAAAGGUGGUGCGUCUCUAUGUAUGGAAGUGGCCGACAAACAACUGGAGUUUUUCCUCAGGAUGUGUGGCACUGUGAGAUAUGUCAUCGUAAGCCAGGAAGGGGUUUUGAAACAACUGUCGAGGUUUUACCGAGGCUUUGUAAAAUAAAGUAUGAUAGUGGUACAUUGGAAGAACUUCUUUAUGUAGAUAUGCCUCGUGAAUAUCUGAAUCAGUCUGGUCAAAUUGUUCUUGAUUAUGCGAAAGCUAUUCAAGAAAGUGUGUUUGAGCAGUUACGUGUAGUUCGAGAUGGUCAAUUACGCAUUGUAUUCUCUCAAGAUCUGAAGAUUUGUUCUUGGGAGUUUUGUGCUCGGAAUCAUGAAGAGCUCAUCCCUAGAAGACUUAUGAUAUCCCAGGUUGGUCAGCUAGGUGCAGUGGCUCAAAAAUUUCAGGCUGUUUCGCAGAAUGGGUCGUCUGACGUAUCUACCAAGGAUUUACAAAAUAACUGCAAUAUGUUUGCUGCAUCAGCACGGCAGUUGGUUAAAUCGUUGGAGGUGCCAUUAGUGAAUGAUUUGGGAUACACAAAACGCUAUGUUCGCUGUCUUCAGAUAUCUGAAGUGGUUAAUAGCAUGAAGGAUUUGAUCGAUUAUAGCCGGGAAACAGGGACUGGACCUAUGGAAAGCUUGAUAAACUUUCCCCGGAGAACUAGCGCUGCUACAUCUGGGCAGCAAAGUCAAUGUCAACAACCUGAUGAUCAGCAACAAAAUCAACAGCAACCGCAACAAGUCAUGGCUCAGAAUUCGAACACUGAUCAGACUUCCAUCCUAGUUAAUAAUAAUUCCUUGCAUCUUACUUCUAGCAGCAACGGUGUUGUUGGUGUAAAUAACAGUUCUCUCAACUCUGCAUCAACUUCAAACUCUCCUGCCGGUACCUUGGUUGGACUUCUGCAUCAAAACUCUAUUAAGCCAAAGCAAGAACCAAACCCCCUGAUGACCAAUCCUAGCAGUCCCUAUGGUGGUGGGACCACAAUGCAGAUUCCUUCUGCUGGCUCAUCAACGUCUAUACCUCAGGCCCAAGCUCAACUUAACAAUAAUAACCCAUCCUCACCAUUUCAAUCACCGACAAUAUCCACAUCUAACAACAACCCCCUUCAGCAGAAUUCUCCUGGUGCCGUAACAACAGCAGCGCCUACUGCGGCAGCAGCAGCACUCAUGAAUUCUUCGGCAAACUCAUCAGCAAAUGUUUCCAUGCAGCAACCAGCUCAGUCUAAUGAGGCUGAUACGAAUGAUACAGAAAGUUCUGUUCAGCAAAUCAUACAAGAAAUGAUGAUGUCCUCCCAAUUAAACGGAGGGGUUGUUGGUUCUUUAGGAAAUGACAUUAAACCCAUAAAUGGGAUGUCUCACAUAAGUAAUGCAGCCCUCAAUAUUGGAAACAGCUUGUUAGGGAACGGAAUGGCAAACGACAACUCGUUAAUUGGUGGUGGUGGCAUGGGUUUUGGCAACAUAGGUGGUGGUGGUGCAAAUAGAACAGCCAUGAGAAGUAGCAACCCUUUGCCGAACGGAAGAGUAGGAACAGUUUCAGUUCCCCCUCUUCAGCAACAAGAUAAUAUUGGAAACCAGCUUCUAAGUGGUCUUGAAUCUUUGAACAACUUCAGUAAUCUUCAAUUUGAUUGGGCAUCAUCCCCUUAAGAGCGUUAAAUUCGUCUCUCAGUGAUUCUGAAGGUGCUUGAGCUCUAUGAAGGUACCAUCAAGAUUGCGGCCUCAUCUAUGGAGAGCAAAACCGAUACUGAAAACUUGGUUCGUGUUGAAGCCUCUCCACUGUCAUUUAUAUGUUCUAAUUCAACAAAGAGUAAUAGCUUAGCUUCCCUACAUUUUAUCUUCUUAUUUUUCUCUCUUUUUCUACAGUUUUUAUCGUUUCUAUGAUUACCUUCUUCUUUGUUUUAUAUGAGCCGUUCAUUGUGUUUCCUGCAUUUUAUGAUUUCACAGAGACUGCUCUGUAUUACUUACUAAUGUUAUUUGUAAACUAACAGAAAGAUCUAGUAGUAUUACUGUAUCUGCCGAUAUAUCCAUGUUGUGGAACUGAGAUCGACCCUAUGGUAAAUGUUUUCUU